AUGGAUUACCGACAGAAAGCUGCCCGGCUUCCCCGUUCGGCGGAGGAAAAAAGCCGGUGGCGCCGUGUCAUUAUAAUCCUUGAGCACUGUCCUCUUGCCGUUGUGCGUGGUAAGUACGGCUUCGAACUGUUGGCUGAGCGACACCGCGCCCACCACGCACGUUACAAGCAGGAUCCCGCGGAAUGGCGGCCCGACGUUGUACACCAAGCGUUGCUUCACUUGAUGGAUUCCCCACUCAAUCGAGCUGGCAUGCUACAGGUGUUCCUCCGUACGAAGAAGGGUGUUGUCAUAGCAGUCGACCCGCGUCUUCGCGUUCCACGGCACAUGCGUUUGUUUGAGAAGAUGAUGGUAUCGUGCCUGUACCGCAUGAAAGUUCGUGCAGCGAACGGCUCAGUAUCGCUUCUGCGCGUGGUGAAGAACCCCGUGACGGACCACAUUCCGGCGAACUGCACACUCAUACGUGUUGAAAAGGACGGUGAUGCCGUGCCUGAUAUCUUUGCGUACUGUGCAACAUGUGGGACUAAUAGGCAUGCUGAUGGAUCGACAAGCGAAAACGUUGGGACGGCGACGGCGUGCUCCUCCUCUGCAGGAAGCGAUGCAAAGGAGCCGCACUUUGCCCAGAAGCACCGUGACCUGGCUGAUGCAAAGCAGUUCAGGCCAUUUGCAUUUAUUAUUGGUGGUAUGUCGAAAGGUGACGUGGACGCGCCGUACGCCCCGCGCGCCCAGGUGAAGAGUAUACGUCUUGGCGACCGAGGCAUGUCGGCUGCGGCCGCUUGCAGUGUCAUCAUACAUGGUUUUGAGGAAGAGUGGCUGCGCGAGGAUAACGAGGCGUGUUAG